AUGUCUGGCCAAGCCCCUGACACCGAUGGCGAAGCAGGCGAGUUCUGGCUCUUUGGAUACGGGAGCUUGAUCUGGAAGCCGCCUCCGCAUUUCGAUAGGCGAAUUCCAGGCUGGGUGACAGGCUAUGUCCGAAGAUUCUGGCAGGCAAGCCAAGACCACCGUGGCACCCCAGAAGCCCCAGGCCGCGUCGUCACGCUGAUCUCGCGCUCCUACUGGGAGCAGCUGACCGACCACCACGACUCGGCCCCCGACAAAGUCUGGGGUGUAGCCUACCGCAUCAAGGCCGACCGCGUCGCCGAAGUCCGCGAGUACCUCGAUAUCCGGGAGAUCAAUGGGUACACCAUCCACUACACGCCCUUCCACCCGGCGCCUCCCGCCACACACACGACUUCCACGUCCAAAACAGCCACAGAUGCAGACGCGGGCGCGGACGCAGACCUAACUACACUCCCCGACUAUCCCAUCCGAACACUCGUCUAUAUCGGUACACCGGACAACGACCAAUUCGUCGGCCCUCAGGAUCCACAGCUGCUAGCCGAGCAUAUAUUCCGUAGUUCCGGGCCAAGUGGCCAGAAUCGGGAUUAUCUGCUGGGACUUGAGGCCGCGUUGGACGAGCUCAGUCCGGAGAGCGGUGAUGAACACGUCACAGAUCUGUCGAACCGGCUGCGGGCGGUCAUAGCUCGCGAGGAGGGAGCGGAGAAAGGGGGUGAUGGUCGGGAGCAGCAGCAUCAUGAGCAGCCUCACGACUUCAAAAAGGUCAGCAGCAUAGAUGAGCAGGAGGAGACAGAAAAGUCUUCGUAA